AGAUUAUCCGUUACGUUCUUGUGGCUAUGGCGGUUGAUGUUCAUAAAGAGGUUUCGCCUGCAAAAUUUAUUGAUAGAAUAGGUACCGUAUUUUCUGAUUAUGCUGAGCGUAGUAGAUAUAAAUAAUGAAGACUACAUUCGGGAAUUAUUAAGACCUCCAGAUAUCAAGGAGGAUGUGAAACUAAUGCAGGAACGUAGUCGCGUUUCACUCAUCUUACGUUCUGCAUAUUUUCGGAAAGAAUUGGAAAAGAUCGUGGCGUCAUCAUUAAAAUCUGGGUGUCUUAACGCUAAUGUUAUCGCUCUUAAGCAAAUAGUCGAGUAUCUGACACCACAAACUCGACUAGGAUCUUCUGCUUUCACAAGAGGUGCCACUGUCCCUGUAGUACCAAUUAAUGAUUUACGCGCUGUUCAACUUGGCAGUUACGUUAAAGGGGAACGCCUUAUACGAUGUAAAUUGGCUUCUGUCUACCGAUUAGUUGACAUCUUUGGUUGGAAUACAGGGAUCAAUAAUCAUAUUACGGCUCGGGUUUCUCGAGAUGCUGACGAAUAUCUGAUCAAUCCCAUUGGUUUACUGUACAACGAACUAACCGCCUCUUCUCUCGUAAAAAUUAACCUUGAAGGAUCUAUUUUGGUUCAAGGAUCUGUUGAUCUAGGCAUCGAUAGGCAGAGUUGGAUGUUGCAUGCAGCUGUUCACAGUGCCAGACCAGAUGUCAGAUGUAUUAUUCAUCUAAGUACUUCAGCUGCAGUAGCAGUAUCAUGUACAAAUGCAGGUCUUUUACCAAUCAGUCAAGAAGCCAUGAUUUUGGGUGAGACAGCUGUUUACGACCCGUUAAUUGUUUUGAAUAAUCUUCAGCAAAAUGGGGAAGAAGACUUAGACUCUCGUAAAGAGCGUCAUUUUGAUGCACAAAAAGCAGAAAUAUCUCGGAUAUUUUCGGAAAAAUCUCCCAGUUGUAUGGUUUUAUUGGUUCGUAGUUAUGGUCUCUUAGCUUUGGGACAAUCGAUUGAGGAAGCAUGGUUUAUUGCAUUUACAUCCAUGUUAGCGUGUGAAGCACAGUUACGUUUGGCGAGCAUCAGUUUGGAUGAAUUGGUUAUCCCUACCAAAGAAGCUCAAGAAGCCGCUUACUCCGUAGGACGUACUCCCUCUGCUGUUCAGUUGCGAGUUGGCGAAGUCACUGGUAGUUCAGGUUGGAGGCGUGGAGAACUUGAAUUCGAGGCAUUAAUGCGUAGAUUAGACUCUGCUGGAUACCAUACAGGUUAUGUUUACCGACUAAGUCAAGUACGCCAGGGUUCAACUGCUGCAUCGACUCUCCAGCGUCCGUCAGCAGAUUUGCUGGAUAAUGCCUCCACUCAAAAAUCUCGUGAUGCCGCAGCCCAUGUUCGUCGUGCAGCUAGUCUUGGUCGUGGUCUUCGUGGCCUCAAAGAUGUAGAGAUACCGCCUACAGUUUCAUCUUUUGCAACUUCAUACUACGGGGAUGAGGAAAGUAGAGCUACUGCUAUUGCUGAAAUGAAAGCCAAAACACUCUCACUUUCACGUGCACAUUGGCUGAGUACACCAAAUGCGUACCUUCGGGAAGAGAUUGAAGAAGUGGGUACUCCGAAUCCUAAAAAGAUAACCCACUGGACAGAGGGGUCAGAUAUCAAUAAAACACGCACCGGUGGAGUAGCUGUCCCGCUGAUUGAUCCCAAUCAAUUUGCAUUGCAGGGUUCGGAUCCACAGGAGUUUAAAAAUCAACAGAAGAAGGUAAUAUUUCAACUUAAAAAGCAUUGACAGGUUUAUAUACAUAUAUUGUUCGGGAGCACUCAAAACAAGGUCAUCUUGAUUGCUGUUAAAUGUUAUAAGAGCGAUGUUCAGCUCCUGUUUACUCUACUGUUAAAGGAUGUUCCUUCUUAAGGGACUCUAAUAGGAAACUGGACUGAAGAUGAUCAUAGGGGUCCGAAAACGUGACCUCAGAGCGUAAGCGUCAAUCUCUUGAUUCCGGUCACACGACCAGUUGGUGUUUGAUGUUUAAGCUCCUUUUAUUUUCAGGACUUACUACCGGCAUUGUGAAUUACUGAUCCCAUGUAGGUUAUGCAGUUUUUAGCUCCGAUAUUUUCUAACCUCUCCCGUUGUGAAGAACGAGGGUCACUCCUAGUGGUCUAGUGAAAACACCUUAUUGUCUUGUCUUUUCACCACAGUACAGUCGUUAGUACAACUGUACCUUCGGUCCUGAAGUUUUCUCCUUUUUAUUAUACCGCUCUUUAACCAACUUGCUUGUAUUGGUAGGACAUAAAGAAGCGAGUAUUUCAACCAAUGUAGAUCGAUUGAGUAAUCACUAGGUGAACCCAACCACCACAUCAAAAUAGUAGUUACAGUCUGGUCAGGAAGCCCUGAAUAUUCAUGAAGUGAGACAAAUUUAGUGGUUUAAAUAUGCUGUAUUUGAUGUGCAUUGCCAAGCACACAUAAACUAGGACGAACUAUCUUUACAAUACUCCUUGUUUAACAUUGGUUCUCUGAUUGAUGUCAUUUCUCAAUAAACGUUACCUGCAAAAUAAAUAAAACCACUUCAGUUAAUUUACAGUAUUGUUACCUUAGUUUAAACAGACACUUAACAAGUUGUUAUCAAGUUACGUACAUGACAGAUGUGCAUUCGAUGUGUAGUGAUAUUUUAAAUUAAGUGUUAUUUGUGAGAUUGUUUGUAGAGAACAUAAUUUUGAAGCACUGCAUCUAAAGAUGGUAUUAUUUUUACCCAUUAUAUCGUAUUGGCUGUUCAGUUCAUUUCUGGAUCCACCGUUUCAGAAGUAUAGAAGUACUCAUCUUUGCUUUAUCAUUUAAUGUGUUCGAAACUUGAAGUUUACAGAUUGUUUGUCAUAUUAUUCUAGGUGAAAGAUAAAUAUUACAAGGAUGUAAGGUCUGCUGGACCAAAAUCUCGAAUUUUACAAGGUAUUGACUUAGAAGAUGAGUCAGAUGAAACUGAUGGGGGGAUCGCAUCACCUAAGGUUGUCAGUCCGAAAGGCACACUACUUCGAUUGGAUCCUUCCAACCCUCCGUCUCUGGAGCCUGGACAUGUUGUUGUGGUUGGGGCAGCUAGUAAAGGUAUCAUAAAUCGUAAUCAGAGACACAAUGUUGGUGUUUACCAGUCUCUAUACUCGCCAAAUCCAUUCGAUAGGAUGACAGACGAAGAUCUUGAGCGCUACAAAGAAAAUGUUGAACGCAAAGCUAAAGGUUUACCCUCAUUAGAGGAGGAAGAGGCAAGAGCUCGCAUAGAGGAAGCUCGGCAGGCUGUGGUGGUGGCACGAGAGGCGAUGGAAGCAGCCUCUCGUAUGGGUACAGAACAAAAAUAUAAUGGAGAACCUAGUUUAGACGUAAGUCGUAUUCAUGCAGUUCGGUCAGAUACCAGUGGAGCUGAAGCUAGCCAUGAUGAUACUGAAAAAGAGGCUAAAAAAGAUGACAGUAUAUCAGAAAGGAAAAAGAAGCGUCGUUUCAAAAUGCCUUCCUUUGCACGAAAAUCCAAGACUAAAGAAUCGAAAGAAAAGAAAUAAAUAAAAUUGACGAUGAUAUUUGGUCUACUUUUUUAUAUAUAAGUAGGCAAUACAUCAAUGGCUUCAACUUUUUCAGCAUUAGAAUCAUGCGCCAAAUUGAAUUUAGUCUGAGAUACUUUAUUGUUUUUUUUCAAUUGCUUCACAUCAGUGCGCUCAGCUUUAUGUCUGUCUGGUUACCAAUUUUCAACUACGUACGCCGUUAUUGUUCGGGCUUACAUCGAAUAUAAUUCACCUCGCAUUAAUUUUCCUGCAAUGUCGAAUAUAUAGAUAAGAUCUUGAUUUAGUCCUCAAAUUUCUACGUUUAAUUCCUAAUCUACUAACUUAUGGCUUGUUGUGAAAUUUCUUAUUAUUCAUUCUGAUCUUUCGCCAUGUCUGUUUGUUUAAUUUUAAUUUUUCUUGCUUUGUUAGGAAUUAUGCAUUCAUUGUUCUUGCGAAGGAGUUAAUAAAAUCCUGAUUUCGUC